UGCCUAAUUUUCCCCCUAUGUGGUGGUGAAUUGAAGGUGUGGUGGGAGCCUCUAGUACCAAGCUGGGAGCAGCGUACUCAUUUCAUUAGGGUGGCAGCUCGUUGCUUCACAGUCGGCCUGUGUGGCGAUACAUAGUGUACUCACAAGCACUGUGGGACAUGUACAAGUUGGGAUUCCUUUAACUGGAAUAAGUCCGCAUAGACGUUGUCUACUGCUGCUACUGUGUGUGCAGUCAGCGUCCUCCUUAUGAAUGGACAUGGCAGGACCUGCUAUACGCAUUGGGGAUCAGCUCAUCCUAGAAGAAGACUAUGAUGAAACAUACAUACCCAGCGAGCACGAGAUUCAGGAGUUUGCCAGGGAGAUAGGGAUUGACCCGGAGACCGAGCCGGGGUUGAUGUGGCUGGCCAGAGAAGGCAUUGUGGCUCCUUUACCUCCAGAGUGGAAACCAUGUCAAGAUAUCACUGGUGACAUCUAUUACUUUAACUUCGCUAAUGGCCAGUCCACGUGGGACCACCCUUGUGACGAACAUUACAGAGAACUUGUCGUCCAGGAGCGGGAGAAGCUUUCGGCUCAUGGCGGCGUCAGAAAGAAAGACAAGAAGAAGAAGAAAGAAAAGAAGGAGAAGAAGGAGAAAAGGGAGAGGGAGCCAGUGAAUCAUGCUGCAGCUCCAGGUUCCCUGCUAGCACCUGUCCAGGCUCCCCCAGGGAGUCUUGCUCCUUUACGUGGUGCCAUGGAUGGUCCAGGUAGUGCUCUCCAUGGCUCACCAAGCACCAGUGUGGAGAACUCCGGAGUAUCCAGUCUGCUGCUCAGAGAAGCAACUCUGGCUCCACAGACCAUUAAACCCUCUGGCCUCACUAGAAGCUUGCUGGGAUCCAUGCAUGACGGAAAAGCCUCCUUCAAUCUCCUUGCUCUAGAGGAGGGGGAAGAGGAAGAAGAGAGUGAAGAUCAGACUCCCCGUGGGACAGCGAGACUGCUCAGAAAUUUGCACAUGGACAUUAGUGCCCUAGGAGACGGCUUUGAGUAUGAGAAGGAGUCCCUGCAGGAGAGUCGCCCUGAAGAUAGGCAUGAGUGUCCCUUGGAUUCCGAUGGAGUGUGCCCUCCAGCUCCAGCCAAGCCCGCUUACAGCAGUCUGUGUGGCCCAGACAAGGAGGAGCCCUGUGGGGAACCCCUGGGGAGUGAGCUGCUGGAAAAGGAAGAGACUGAUGUAGAAGAUGCCGUUUCUGUAGCUUAUGAACAGUCAGGAAGCCCAGGGGCAAGGGCAGCGGUGGGGACAGAAGUGGUCAGCAGUCUUGGGCCUCCCACAGCCGCAUCUGCGGGGGUCAGAGCGGCUGAGGCAGAUCGGAUGGAGCGUGUGGCUGUCACUGCUGACACCAGGCCUGCCAGUGACAAGAGUGUAAAUGGCGCCAGGGCAGAAGCAGCUGGUCGGAGAAGCGACAGGAAGCUGGAUGCUAGCGAAGAGUCCGAUGCCAGCGAGCACGUGAGAGAAUUGCAGGUUUCUGACCAGUCGGAUCAUGAGCUGCUUCAUGUGAUGGACUUUGGUUUCCCUAGCUGGCUCUCGGAGCAGGUCCUGGACGUGGGUGUUCUUUCUGCCGCUCUGGACAGCGCCCAGGUGGAGGCCCAGGGGCUGGGAGAAGAGGAAAAGGACCAAAGCCAAGCCAGCUUGGAAGCAGAGCAAAGCAAAAGAACCGAAGGUGCUGAGAGCGAGAGGGAACAAAGCCCCGCGAGUGCUUGCGAAGGGGCCGAAGAGAAGUGUUUGAGCUUAGAGAGCGCCGGCCAGGAAGAGAGAGCUGCUGUGGAACAAAAGGAGGGCUCGCUGAAUAGUCGCACUGGCCCGGAGGAGUCUGCAGCCCCUCACCAGGUAGCCCUGCGGGAGGAAAUCAAGCAAGCGGCGUCCUUGAACAGGCCUUGCGCACAGUCCCCAGAGGAAAUCGCCCAGGAGCUGGAGCAAGACAAAAUGCGUUUCCUGCAAGCAAAGGAGGAGAAGCUUAAGCGCUUCCAGGAGGAGUUGAGGCAAGAGGAGGAGGAAGAAGCUCGAAUGCUUCAUCAGCAGAAAGAAAAGUCCCUCCAGUCUCUCAAGGAGGAACUGACGAAAGCUUCUGAGGAAGAAGAGCUGCGGAUGAGAGAGGAAGAGGCCGAGAAACUGUCAAAGCUGCGAGCCCAGAUCAGCUCAGAGGCUGACACAGAAAAGGAGAAAAUAAGGGCAGAGCAAGCGGCUGCAUUGCACAGGCAGCGGGAGGAGUGGGAGUCCCUGCAAAAGGUGGAGCAGGAGAGCUUGGAGGAGAGGAAGAAGCAGGCUUUGGCGCGUCUGAAGUUGGAAGUGGAGGAAGCGCAGCAGAGAGAAGUGGCCGAGCUGGAGCAGGAGAAGGAGCGUGUCCUGGAGGCGUUAAAGGAGCGAUUAGAAAGAGAGAGAAGAGAGGCGGCAGAGGCCCUGGAGAAGCAGUUUGCCACUGAGCUGCAGGAGCUAAAAUCUGCCGCAGAAGAAAAGCACCAAAAGGUUGUUUCCAGCCUCCGGAAGCAAAUAGCGGAGGCCCAGAGGUGUGAGGAGGCCCAGCUGCAGGAGGAGUUGGAGAGAGCCGAGCUGAAAGUGCAGCACAAAAUGUCUCGUGUGGCAGACUUCGAACGAGAGCUCAGCGAGCUCAUGAAGGAGACACGCCAGGACGUGGAGCGGGACCACGAGCGGAAGAUGGAGAGGAUGAAAGAGGAGCACAGGGAAGCUCUGGCAAGGAUUCAGGAUCAGUACGAGGAGGAGGAGAGAAAACAAAGAGCCGAGAAGCUGGAGGAGCUGAGAGGUGAGCUGGAGCGCCUGAGGCAGCUGCAUGAUGGGCAGCUGAGGGCUUUGCGGAAGGAGCUGGACGAACAGCUCAGUGACUUGCAGCAGGGUCACAAGGCGAAGGAACAGAGACUCCAGGAGCUGGAAAUGGAACUUGAGAUCCGAGCGAAAGAGGCCAAGGCCAGAUCUGCUCAGCUCAACCACCAGGAAGAGGCCAUGAGGAAGAGAAGGCAGCAGGCUUUGGAGGACGAGAAACAACUAGAGCUGGAGAGAAACGAAGCGGCUCUGGGGGCCCAGCUCCGCCUGGAGGAGUCUAGGAAGGAGCAUGCUGCCCUUGUGGAAUCCAUCCGCCAGCUGCGCAGGGCACUGGAGGAGCUGCAGGACCAGAAAGCUGAGCUGGAGUCCCAGGUGGAUCUGUUGCAGACCCGAAGCCAGAGGCUGCAGAAACGGAUCAGCGAGCUGGAGGCUGCCGUGCAGAGCAAGCAGGAGGCCCUGAAGGAGCUGGCAGCCGAAGACAGCGUGGCGUCUCCCAGAAGGGAAGCUGAGCUCCACGUCGAGGACCUGAGGGAGACGCCGGAGGCGCGCGCCUCCAGAGAGCCUGCUUCCUUACCCUCGCACAGCAACGGGGACAGUGACCUCCGACUGGAUAACGUCAGACACUACAUCUCUGCGGAGGGCGUCUCCAUACGGAGCGCCAAGGAGUUCCUGGUGCAGCAGACUCGCUCCCUGAGGAAAAGGCACGCGGUGCUGAAAGCUGCAAAGCUGCAGUGGCGGCACGACAUGCAGCAGGCCCAGGACGAGGGGCAGGAUCUGGAUAGCUCGCAGCUCCUGGACGACGUGCGCCAGAGCCUGGAGGAGGAAUCGAAGCAGCUGGGCAGGAUGAAGUCAGCCAUGCGGAAAGGCCAGGUGCUGCUGAAGAAGAAGGAGGAGAAGCUGAGCCAGCUGGAGUCAUCGCUGCUGGAAGAGCUUUCUGACGAAGACACGCUGAGGGGGCUGGCAUGUAAGAAGGCGGUGACCUUCGACCUUAGUGACUCCGACGCCACGAGCAGCCUGAGCAGCACAGAGGUCCCUCCGCACGCAGUUGACGUGAAACCCGACGCCCAGUUCCCCCAGCUCGACAAGAUCCAGCACUUGACCGACACUCUGCAGCACAUCACCACGGAGCUGAACGGGGUCCUCGGCGCCCUGGGCUCCCUGAGCCGCGAGCGGUCUCCUCUCUUCGCGCCCGGCCCGGCGCCCGCGCUCCCCAGCGACGGGCUUCCUCUCUCUGCGUACACCUCUGUGGCGAGAGUGCCUCCUGCUGGCGUUCCUUUGGUUAACCAGUGGGCCUGGAGCUCGGGUGUGAGCUCCAGCCUCGCCGCCGCCGGCCAGUCGGUGGACAGCCUGCUGGCGGAGAAGUGGCGCAAGUAUUUCCCAGCCCCGAGUCCUGCUAAUCCCGAGCCAGCAAACGGCGGCAGCCCCGCGCUUGCUGCGUUGCCUGGCGGGGUCCCGGCGCUCAGCGGAAGUCCUGCCCCUCUGGACAGCAAACUAGGUUAUUUGCCUGCAGGGGAGCAACUCCGCCUGUUCCAGCACUCCCAGCCCCGCGGCCCGGAGGCGGACAGGACAAAUGUCCAGGGAAUGAUUGAUGCCAACAAGAGGUGGCUGGCGAAUUUCCGGAAGGAUUCCAAAGUGCCUCUCUUCGCGAGCACACAGAAGCCCUCUGCCAGCAGCCCUGGCCUGGUGCAGCUUGGCCUGGAUGAAAACAACCAAAUUAAAGUGUAUCACUACUGAGCGGCCACGGAGCCAGCCUGGCGAGCUGCACUCUGUCCCCUCUAGCAAUACAUGGCCUUGCCGUGCUACCCAGCGCUCUCGUCUCUCUUUCUGCUCGGCCCUUGAAAUACAGCUUCUUUCCAGGAGGGAGGAGCAAGUGAACUUCCCAAGCGGAUUCUUCCGGUCCUGGAACGUGUCCAGAUGCACUUCAUGGACGGCUUAAUCCAGUGCUGCAAUCUCAGGGCUUCCACACACCAGCAGUCCCCUCCAUGGCCUCCCAGCGGCCCCCUGGCGGCACGGGGGCUCGCCCAGGACUCAGAAGAACGUGGCGGGGGAGGUGAUUUCUGACCGAAAACGUGCCAGAGGAGAUGAACGCGCCGUGGAGCCCCAACAAACAGUGGCACGUUUGAGCGUGGGAGAGUGUCUGUAGCUUCUUCCACGGAAGAGCACCACGCUGGCGCCACGCCCCGACUGAACAGAGCCGGCUUUCUGUUCCAGUCAGGGUUGCCUGCAGUACCCGGCGCUGGGUUUGUUUCUACUUGAAAAUGUUUUGUAUUCGGUGUGUCCGAGUGCGGGGACUCGGACAGACCCUUCAGGGCACCGCGGGGGCCAAGCCUCCGGAAGGGUUUUAACGCACCCGCUUUGUUUUUGACAGGACAGAAGCCAUAGGGCCACUGUGCCUGGUGGGGAUGGCUGCUCCCUGCCCUGCCCCCCCAAGCGCUGUGGCUGUAUUCUCUCUGGUGUGGACGUGCUGAGCGCUGGGCUGGUGGGCAGAGGCUGUGGUGUGAGAGCCAACGGCCGGUGUUCGCUAGCGUCCCCCUUGUUCCUGAUGGUGGAGCUGCCUGGUGCGAGACCAGAACGUGUGGCCUUGACUGACCAUCAGAAAUAGGUGGAGGCCCCCAAGCCGAGUGCCCAGGCCAAGUGCCCCCCCCCCCCAUCCCCUCCGGCCCAGCUCCAGACUUGGGCUGGCUUGGAGCCAUUUCUGAUCGGGGUGGAGCUGGGCGCUACAUGAGGCAUCUGCCUGGGCUCUGCAGGACUCGUGGGCGGGGCAGCGGCAGAGGCCGGGGGUGGCUGACACGUUGGAUAGGGUCACUGCUCCGCCCCGUCGCUGUUCUCACGGCAGCUGCCUGCGCGGCCGCACCCCGUCCUGGCAGCCCCUCUGUGCUGGGCCCCUCCAGCCGGGUUCUGUAGCGUCUGGGCCAGCGUUGCCCCAGAGGGGCGGGACGGGCCCCAUGUGUCCUGCGCUCCCUGCCCGUGCGGUGGAGGCAGCCCAGAUGGCCCAGCUCAGAAGCGCUGAGCAGAUGAGCAGUGGGAUUGGAUGGCGGGGAAGGUGUCUUGCGGAGUCAGCCUGUCAAGUGUCCCGUCGGCCCCCCAACCGGGGGCCAGGCCAAAGGUCCCUUGUAAGAACCUUUCCCCAGUGUCGGAC